GCGCGAAAGGAAAUAGUUCCAGUCUUCGCUAGCUAGCGCUGUGUGACAUUCGGUGAAACUUUUGAGAGGAGGUUUGUCACAUUCUUGAACAGUUAAUCGGGAAGAAAUAACCGGGCCGGUCGGCCGAUAACACCAUGAGGCUUUUUGUACAGAUAUGGAUGAUUCUAGCUUUAUUCUUGGUCGAGAAGAACGUCGUAAAGGCAGCUGAUGAGGACAAUGUCAUGUACAUUGAUGGCAGUGGGGAUGGUGGGGAACCGGGCAAUGUGGCAGAAGCCGGAACACCCGAUGACGAGGACAACACAGAAGUACCCGGCGAGAUAGGAUCAGGUACCGUGGGGCCCGGCACGAAGGCCGCAGGUGAUCUUCAAACACUGAAAGGUACCGCAUCCGUCAAGCUGUCGUUCGAUAAUACCAUCCGGAUCACAAAGAUUGGCAAUAGAAGGGCCAACUUCAUUGAAACCUACAGGGAUCCUAAUUCAGUUGAAUCGUUGGAAGUCUUCAACCAAGUGUGCUCUGUGCUGACAAGCUCAAACCAGCUGACCAGCCGGGCAGAAUCCUGUGUGGGUGUGUCUAUCACUGAAGGCAGCCUGGUGGUCACCACUAAGCUCACCUUCCCAGAGGACACUGAGGCCACAUCUGCAGCUGUUGAGAGUGCCAUCCUGGAGAGCGUGACCGACCAGACAGCAUUGACAGUAGAUCUGCGGAGCAUUACAGUUGAGCCCAGCAUAUCAGAACCAGAAGGUACUGAAGUUGUCGAGCCACUAGAACCAGCCACCAAGCCUAAACCUAAAGAACCAGACACUCCUUCACCAUCAAGACCCAACAAGGGUAACCAGGACAACGACAUCUUCUUCACGGCCACGACUGACAAGCCGGCUCACAGUGGCGGCAAUGCCACGGUGUCCAAUGAGAUCAACGAUGUGAACCACGACAACAGUCUUGGUGUCAAGAACGAGAAGGAGAAAGAGCAGGACUUCUUUGAAAUGAUCCUGGGUAACCCAGUGCUUUUAGCUGCUCUGGUUGGCGCUGUUGUACUCACACUCAUCACCAUCAUCCUCAUCAUAAUGUUCAUGAUCUACCGCGUUAAGAAGAAGGACGAAGGCAGUUACUCACUGGACGAGCCCCACAAAGUUAAAGACCCAACAACCUACUGGAAGGACACCAAGGAAUUCUAUGCAUAAAUAAUGUUAACAUCAUUCAUUUUCCUUUCUUUUCUCCUCCUUUUUGGAUUUGUUACUUUCCGCAUUAAUUUAUCAGAGAUAUACUUGGGUUGUAUUUUUGAUGACUUGCCUUGUGUUGUGAAACAGUAUGGGAUCUAUGCGUGAACUAACGAGGGCAGUAUUCAAUCUGUUCACAAGAGUCAAGUAAGGCCACCUGGACAGUACUUGGGAACUGCUUUGAAACACCAAGAUGUAACACGAAGUGGUUGUUAUCCUUUUUUGUGCUGGUUAUCGCGUGGUCAGCUUUUUUGUUGAAGGGUCUUUGGCUUUGUACAUCUUUUCUUGUUUUUUAAAUGGUUGGGUUGAAAUGAAGUUAUUUGAGCAUAGUCGCAUUGUAUCAAAUAGGAAUUGAGGUAUAGUUUGGCUCUGUUUGAAAUGCAACAAUAACCCCAGAAAAUGUUUGAAUUACCAAUGUCCAGAUUAACUGAUGCUUGUUAAUUCUACUGUCAGUUUAAUAAGGUGUCAAAAGGAGUAUGGACUAAGAUGGCAGAUAGACUUAUCCUUGGAGAAGUUGGUCUCGUAAAAAUUGGAAAAAAAAAUUUCAUGCCUGAAGUGAAGUUGAGUUUGUAUUUUUCUAUGCAUUGCCUGGAUGUAAUGGUGUUGGUUUUGAAUUAUUGGGCUGGACUUUAUGGGGGUUAGGUUUGUCUUGGAUUUGGGAAGAAGAGAGAAAGUGUACAGUUAAGUGCUUAGAGAAUGAAUCAGUUUCCGGGGAAGCUUGUAUAGACGUGACUGAAAAUGUUUUUAUUCUUGGCUGUUGCAGUGUGUUAGUCUUUCCCACCAUUUUCAAUGAAUAAUUAUCAUGUACAGAAGUAAAAGAAAUAGUAGGGUUUUCCUUUGUAGUUAGGUCAGUAAAAGUAAACCUUGCAAACAGUUAAAUGGUUACACUGUUAUCAUUGGUGGAAAGAAUAUUUCUGUUUAAUCUGGCUAGUCUGUAGACAAGAUAGACUUAGUCAUUUGAAGCCAGUUUUAAAGAAGUUGUCAUUUUUAUAUCAAGGGAUUUUUGCAUCCUUGGGUGCUCAACUGCGUGGAAGUCAUGGAACCACUUAAACGGAAACUAUCACUAAGGGUGUUUAUAUGCUAAGCAGAAGUCAGCGGAAGACCAAUCACAAUUAAUACACUUUGUACGGUAAUUUUGCUGGUAAUCCGCUCUUGCUCAGCACGUAAUCUCUGAGCUUAGUAGCUCCAUGGUGUGUGUCCUGUAGCGGUUGCAGUUUAAUGGUCGGCCUUUCGGGGUUUUUAAAACUUUUCUUUGAAGGAAUUUGAAAGUUCUUUGUAUACCCUUCUUUUGCAUCCAUUCUUUGGUGUUCUGUCCCUGAAAUGGACUGGGUCAAGAAAUAGUUUUCUCUUGUUGGCAAUAAUUUCAAGGUGUUUUUUGUACUGUUCUCUUGUUGGUUUGUUGUGCUGAAAAUUUGACACAAGCCUAUGAGAAACAUAAUUGUUUAUCUAGGUGAGAUGUUUGUAGCCUACAGUCCUACUGAGAUCUGUAAUUUGUUUGUUUUAAUACCUUGUUUGAUUGUCACGAAAAAAAUGAAGAAAACUGUGAUGUACAUCUAGCUUAGAUUGUGUGUGACUGUAUAGUUUGACUGUGAGCGUCCAUGUUAAUGAACAAAACUUUAAAAGAAGGAAGAUUGUAAAAUACCAGUGCCUCAAGGAUUUGUAAAAAAAACUGCUUUGAUAUAAAUAACUUCUAUCUCCUUACUGAUUUCUUGGUGUUGUCCUUCCCAAACGUAUAGUGGCAAAUCAUGGGCAUUUUGGCAGAGAUAAUAGGUGUCUUUUAUUUCUACAUUGACUUCAUUGUUAGUUGCAGUAUCUUCCAUGAUUUUACCCAUGUAGAGAGACUGACCUUUUCUGGGUCAGAUACGUUAGAUUGAAUUCACUCUUCUCAGAAUGCUCACUUGCAGGGGGGAAAUUGAAUGCCUAGUUUGGAAGUAUUCUCAUAGAAUCAGGAUCUUGAAGCCCAUCCAGCAAGCACUGUCAAAUAAUCACAAUCUUUUGAGUGUGGCAAAUCCUGAUACCCCUCCCAGCCCCCCCCAAAACAACAACAACAACAACAACAACCCAAAACAAACAACAAAACACAAGGGUUAGAGUUGAAAUCAAUGGAUCCAAACACAGCCAAGGUUUUGCAGUCAUGUUUCUUCAAAAUACCCACUAAUUGUGCCUCACUAAUGGUCCCUUGUUUUGAAACUUGUCCCGUCACCCGUUGAUGAACUUCCCAAGCUGCAGACGCUCACUUCUCCUCGGUUCUCUUUGAAAGUCUAAAAGUGCUUCAUUCAUAAGCCAUUACAAUAGUUCAUUGUAUGAAAUAGGAAGUGAUAUACUUAAACUCUAACAGAAAUCAGUUCUGCUUUUUGUAUCAUGUAUGCUUUAAUGAAAAAGAGGUUAGCAUUUUGUAAGUUAAAAACAUACAUUAAUAGCUUUUUUUGCUUCAUUUUGUUUUUGUCUCAAGGAAUUGUCCUGUAGCUUGGGUCUGAUUGGUUUCCUUGCAUUGUGUAACACAUUUUGUGACCUUUGACCUUAUAAAAAUAAUGCGAGGAAUUGAGAAAAACAGUAUUGUUAUUUGUUCCCUUACGCUAGGAAUGUAGCUUUCAUAUUUAACCUUAACAAAUAACACCCUCCUGAAGUUGAAUUUAGUUUUAAAAUUGCGUAUGAUAUACAUAUAGUUCUGCUUUGUUAGCUGGUUUGUUUUGGGGGGGUUUUCCUUUGUACCCAACAAUGCCCUGGAGAUUGUAAUGUGGUAUUGCACAAGUCAGGUGCCUCAGAUGUUAUUAGUUACUAUGAAUCUUGACAGUCAUAGGGAUCCUGCCAGGCCAAAGCAUAUUACUCGACAGAAUCGUUUACGUAGCAUGUGGGUGCUUAAGCAUGUUGGCACAACUACUCCUUUGGAAUUUGGCUGUGGCCAUUUCUGAAAACCUAGCUUUGGUUCCAGUUGUAGUUUCAGGCUGAAGUAGUUGAAGCUAGAGAUAAAAGCCGAGCUUUGAGAAAGGGCAGAGGAAUUUCAGAUGACUUGACAACAUCAUAAUGUAAACAGUUUAUGCUGGGUUGGUCACUAAAAGUGAAAUCCAAAGCCUUUCCCAGUGGUAGAAUUGGAAUAAAUACAAGACUAUAAAAGUGAAAUCCAAAGCCUUUCCCAGUGGUAGAAUUGGAAUAAAUACAAGACUAUAAAAGUGAAAUCCAAAGCCUUUCCCAGUGGUAGAAUUGGAAUAAAUACAAGACUAUACAGCACUAACAUUUCAAAAUCAUAACGUUUCUUUUUUUAAAACAAUGAUAUACAUGACCUUAAUGUACAUAGAUUGCGAGCAGCAUAUUGGCUCUGUUAUUUUAAUCACACUACAAAAUUUUGUUCCUUAAUGUUUUGAGCAGAUGUUUAUUUUUGUGAAUAAAGAUCUGGGUUUUUUAGGGGGGUAUUCUUGCAUAUCUGAAUCUACAAAUAUUGGUCUCUGUGAAUGGAGAAAUGUUUACCUUGACAAGACUUUGAGAACUUGAUUUUGUUGGGAAAAACAAAUUGGAUUGUUGAUUAGCAAAGAUUUGUUUUGAUGUCUGGAAACUUGUUACAAUAUUGAAUUUAUAGGGGGCGUAUUUGGUUGUUAUUGAAAAAUGGGCAAAAUGAAUAAAGUACAUUUUGAAAUAGAAACACAAACAUUGAAAACAAACUGACAAGGUUCAUUUUAUGGUAUCACCUAUGGUAUAUGGUAGAUUGGUUGAUGCGUAGAUCCAGGUAGGAAAUUUUAUUGAGUCUUAUUGGUGGCUCUUGGUCAGUCUACAAAAUACUGGCAUGACUGAUUAGCACAGACACUUGUAUAUUAGCAACACUUAACGGGCAGCUUGGUCUUUAAGAGGCACAAAACAGUUCUAGGACUGAUUUCAACAGGUUGACCUGCUUAUUAAAAUAGUGAUCAGGGUUGGUUGAAAGUUUAAAUUACAAUCUACGUGUAUGUGACUCAGAUUCUACCUGAUAAUUAAUGACCUUUCACAUGCCAAGCCCCAGCCUGUGUUGCAAACCGCAUCACACCUUGCUGAAUUGUCAAAUUCGUAAUACUGAAAUGAACCCAUUUUGAAAGUGAUACAAGUACAUGUACCUCAGUUGCUGCGUUAGAUUGAGUUUAAAAUACCAUUCUUGUGUAAAAAAAAACAAAAACAUAUGUAGAAUGGUAGAUUUUUACUGUAUAUACAUUGCUUAGUGUUGUUAAGAAUAAGGGUUAAUUAGUUCUUGACCAUUUUUAUAACAAAAUUUUAAAAAAGCUUCUGUUUUCUUCAUCACUGUAAAAUGUAUGAAUACAACACAAUGUGCGCUUGAAUAUAAACGUUGCCUCCAUUAUCCAUGAAACAAUA